CCCGUCCUCAACCAGUCCGGCCCCACUGAGUUCGUGUUCCGUGUGUUCACCACCGUCCCCGAAUUCCGGGCCCUUCUCUUCCUUCUCUUCCUCCUCCUCUACCUGAUGAUCCUUUGCGGCAACACAGCCAUCAUCUGGGUGGUGCGCGCACACAGCUCCCUCCGCACCCCCAUGUACUUCUUCCUGUCCAACCUCUCCUUCCUGGAAAUCUGCUACACCACCGUCGUCGUGCCCUUGAUGCUCUCCAACAUUUUUGGGGCCCAGAAACCCAUUCCGUUGGCUGGAUGUGGGGCCCAGAUGUUCUUCUUCCUCACACUUGGUAGCACGGACUGCUUUCUCCUGGCAAUCAUGGCAUAUGAUCGCUACGUGGCCAUCUGCCACCCACUGCACUACACCCUCAUCAUGACCCAGAAGCUGUGCGUGCAGGUGGUGGCCGGCGCCCUGGGCCUGGCCCUCUUCCUCUCGCUGCAGCUCACCGCCUCAAUCUUCACCCUGCCCUUCUGCGGGCGCCGCCGGGAAAUCAACCACUUCCUCUGCGAUGUGCCUCCGGUCCUGCGCCUGGCCUGUGCUGACAUCCGCGUGCACCAGGCCGUCCUCUGCGUCGUCGGCAUCCUCGUGCUGACCGUCCCCUUCCUGCUCAUCUGUGUCUCCUACGUGUUCAUCGCCUCCGCCAUCCUGCGCAUUCGCUCUGCCGAAGGCCGCCGCCGGGCCUUCUCCACCUGCUCCUCCCACCUCACCGUGGUCCUGCUGCAGUACGGCUGCUGCAGUCUGGUCUACCUGCGUCCCCGCUCCAGCACCUCGGAGGAUGAGGACCGCCAAAUCGCGCUGGUCUACACUUUUGUCACUCCCUUACUCAACCCUUUGAUUUACACCCUUAGGAACAAGGACGUCAAAGGUGCUCUGAGGAAUGCCAUCAUCCGUAAAGCGGCCUCUGACAUCAGUUGAAGGUUUAGGGGAACUGGGGU